AUGGCUGAUGCAAGCAACGUUAAUAAUGAUGAUGAUAUGACUAGACAAGAAGCAUUCAAUAGCAGAGUCGUAGAGGUGGCAGAAGGAGUUAUGCAAGCUAAUCUUCCCCGAUUAGCUCAAGAAGUAGAAAGCCGGGUUUUGGGAGUCAUGGAUGAUAUGAUGACCAGUAAGAUUGAGGAAUUGAAAGAACUGAUUGAGGGGUCAAAAAGUAAAAGUAAGGAACGACGAUGCACUUAUAAAGAUUUCAUGGCGUGCAAUCCUGCAACGUAUGAUGGUAAGAUCGACCCGAUCGCAUGUCAAAGAUGGAUCUCAAAUAUAGAAGCGGUAUUUAUACGAAGUAGAUGUGAUAAGGAAGAUCAGGUAAUGUUCGCUACUGGCCAACUCACUCUCCAGGCGAAAGAUUGGUGGGAUGCGCAUAGCAAGGAGAUAGGGGAGGAUAGACUCCAAAUGAUGACCUGGCAAGAAUUUAAGGAGCCCUUUAUGAGAUACCAUUGCCCACAGUCGGCUAUUGAUAAGAUUCAGGAGGAUUUCUUGCGCCUCCGACAGAAAAACAAGUCAAUAAACGAAAUAUCAAACAUUUUCAUGGAUAAGAUGAAGUUCUGUGGGGUUUUCGUGAAGACUGAAAGAAUGAAGAUUAAUCGUUUUUACAGGACCCUUGAUGAGCUUAUCAACUUGGCACGGCAUAGAGAAAUCGAAAUCAAGAGACAAGAAGAAAGUGGUGAAAAGAGACCCAACGAAAAGGGUGCAAGUUCGAGCCCAUCUAAAAAGGGGAAGUAUCAAGAGCAAGGAAGGAAAGAUAAGACGAAGGGGGGUAUUACUCCUUGCAAGACUUGUGGAAAACUUCAUACUGGCGAGUGUCUGCUAGGCAAGAAGGGAUGUUACAAAUGUGGUAAGGAGGGACAUUCAUCUUACCAAUGCCCGAACAACCCAAAGACUUCUUUUAAUUGUUUCGAAAGGGGGCACAUUAAAUCGGAGUGCCCUAAACUUCAGCAAGAAUCGAAAAAGGAAGAUAAGAAGCAAGAGAGCUCUAAAGCUAAAGGGAUAAUGUUCCAAAUUACGUCCGAAGAGGCUAAAGUUCAUCCGAAUGUUGUUUCAGGUAUCUUUUUAUUAAACUCUAUGCCGAUUUACGUAUUAUUUGAUACCGGAGCAACCAUGUCGUUUGUUUCGGACGAGAUAGCUAAUCAUCCCUCGUUUAAGACUGAAUUAAUGCCAGUUCCUCUAGAAGUAGAAAUAGCAGAUAGCAAAAACUACUUAUUAUGCAAGAUUUGUAGGAACUGCAAAUUUAUUAUAGAGGAUGAAGAGCUAGAUAUCGACCUUAUACCCAUGGCUUUGGGAGAAUUUAAAAUGAUAGUGGGUAUGGAUUGGAUGGCCCGACACCAUGCGGAGAUUAAUUGUGAAACCAAAACAAUAUUUAUCCAAACUCCAAGUGGAAGGCGAUUACAUAUACAAGGCGAAAGAAAGGUGGAAGCGAAGCUAUGUACCCUCGUUCAAGCCAUUAAGUAUGUGCUUAAUGGGAGUAGGGCAUAUUUAGCUUACGUGGUAGAUACUUAG